UCCGGACCCCUGGCGAGCGCUCCAGCCUGCAGCUUUCUCGGGCUCCCGAGCCAGCCCCAGCAGCGAUGCCCAGGGUAGUCUCCAGCCUUCCCGCUCGCUGAAGAAGCAGCAGCUGCAGCCGCCGCCCGCCUGCCCGCUCACUCGCUCGCUUGCCCGGGCCGACAGGGACUGUGCGACAGGAUCGUGCUCGGCGGAGGCUCAGGCUGCGGUGGCACGGCGGGGGAAGGACCGCUCUGCCGGUGCCCCCAGCGCCCGUCGCGGCUGGGAAAAGGUCUUCGUCCCCUGCCAUCAGCUGCUCCCGCCACGGACUCUCGGAGGCUGCGGGCGGCGUCCUGGGGCUCCCCAGCCGGCCGGAUCGGACUUGAGAAGGUGAUAGCUCUGCUCUUCCAAUCCCCUACUCGUCCCCUGCCCUCCACUUAACUUUUUUUUUUUGUCCUCGUUUGCCUCGCGGCUCCGUCUAACCCCUGCUGCUGCUGCAAACCACUCGCUGCUGUGUGUGCCACCCGCCCGGGGCAUGGGCCCCCCUACACGGGUCCUGGAGGCUCCGCGGCCUCGCAGGAUGUGAGAGGCCCAACCCCCGGGGCAGAGCCAGAGCUUCGGGAGAGAAGCGGAUCGCACACCCCCCUCCACCCCCGCCCCCGGCCUCGGCACGACGGGCGGGCUGGUGGUGCGCGCUGCGUGCGCCCCCGCGGAGCUGAGCGUCCCAGAGCGCCCAGUCCCGGGCUGGAAGGAGUAACUGGCCGGAGGUGCGCGGCAGAGAUCAGGCUGUCAUGCCCUAUUGAUCGGCCCUUGCCCCCCCGCGCCCCCCGCCAAGUAUGUUUGGGCUGGACCAAUUCGAGCCCCAGAUCAACAGCAGGAACCCGGGCCAGGGCGAGAGGAACUUUAACGAGAGCGGACUGAGUAUGAACGCCCACUUUAAAGCCCCGGCUUUCCACACAGGAGGGGCCCCUGGUCCCGUGGACCCUGCCCUGAGCGCGCUGGGCGAGCCUCCGAUCCUGGGUAUGAGCAUGGAACCCUACGGCUUCCACGCACGCGGCCACUCGGAGCUGCACGCAGGGGCGCUGCAGGCGCAGCCUGUGCACGGCUUCUUCAGCGGCCAGCAGCCUCACCAUGGCCAUCCGGGCGGCCACCACCCGCACCAGCAUCACCCCCACUUUGGGGGCAACUUCGGGGGCCCAGACCCGGGUGCCUCGUGCCUGCAUGGGGGUCGCCUGCUGGGUUACGGUGGAGGAGGAGGCGGCGGUGGCGGCGCAGCCGGUGGCCUGGGCAGCCAGCCUCCCUUCACCGAGGGUUACGAGCACAUGGCGGAGAGCCAGGGCCCGGAGAGUUUCGGCCCGCAACGGCCGGGAAACCUCCCGGACUUCCACAGUUCGGGUGCCUCGGGCCACGCCGUGCCUGCCCCCUGCCUGCCCCUCGACCAGAGUCCUAACCGGGCCGCCUCCUUCCAUGGCUUGCCCGCCUCCAGCGGCUCCGAAUCUCACAGCCUGGAGUCCCGAAGGGUGACGAACCAAGGAGCCGUGGACUCGUUGGAAUACAAUUACCCGGGCGAGGCGCCCUCGGGACAUUUUGACAUGUUCUCGCCCACGGACUCCGAGGCCCAACUGCCUCAUUAUGCAGCGGGCCGUCAGCUUCCCGGGAGCGCUUUCCCGGGCGCCUCGGCGAUGCCCAGGGCCGCGGGUUUGGUGGGUUUGUCUAAAAUGCACGCCCAGCCUCCGCCCCCGCCGCCGCCGCAGCAGCCCCCGCAGCAAACUCCGCAGCAGCAGCAACCCCCGCCACCACCGCACGGGGUGUUCUUCGAGAGGUUCAGCGGGCCCCGCAAGAUGCCUGCAGGGCUAGAGCCCGGAGUGGCCUCCAGGCACCCGUUGAUGCAGCCUCCGCAGCAGGGCCAGCCACCCCCGCAGUCGCAGCCCCCGCCCCAGCAGCAGCCGCCGCCGCCGCCUCCGGGGUUACUCCUCCGGCAAAACUCGUGCCCGCCUGCGCUCCCGCGGCCCCAGCAGGGAGAAGCAAGCACGCCCAGCGGCGGCCUGCAGGACGGGGGUCCCAUGCUGCCGAGCCAGCACGCCCAGUUCGAGUACCCCAUCCACCGGCUGGAGAACCGGAGCAUGCACCCUUACUCCGAGCCCCUCUUCAACCCACAGCACCCCGCACCACAGCAAGCGCCCAACCAGCGGCUGCAGCAUUUCGAUGCGCCCCCUUACAUGAACGUGGCCAAAAGGCCGCGCUUCGAUUUCCCGGGCAGCGCGGGGGUGGACCGUUGCGCUUCUUGGAACGGGAGCAUGCACAACGGUGGAGCCCUGGACAAUCACCUCUCACCCUCAGCCUACCCGGGCCUGCCUGGCGAGUUCACACCGCCCGUGCCCGACAGCUUCCCCUCUGGGCCUCCCUUGCAGCACUCAGCCCCGGACCACCAAUCCCUGCAGCAACAGCAACAGCAGCAGCAACAGCAGCAACAGCAGCAGCAACAGCAGCAGCGCCAAAACGCGGCCCUCAUGAUCAAACAGAUGGCGUCGCGGAACCAACAGCAGCAGCGGCUUCGCCAGCCCAGCUUGGCCCAGCUAGGCCACCCCGGCGACGUGGGCCAGGGCGGCCUGGUGCACGGCGGCCCGGUGGGCGGCUUGGCACAGCCGAACUUUGAGCGCGAUGGCAGCAGCGCGGGCGCGGGGCGCCUGGGCCCCUUCGAGCAGCAGGCGCCGCACUUGGCGCAGGAGAGCGCGUGGUUUCCAGGUCCGCACCCACCUCCCGGAGACCUGCUACCGCGCAGGAUGGGUGGCUCAGGGUUGCCGGCCGACUGCGGCCCGCACGACCCUAGCCUGGCGCCUCCUCCCCCGCCUCCUGGGGGCUCGGGGGUGCUAUUCCGAGGUCCCCUGCAGGAGCCGCUGAGGCUGCCCGGGGAAGGCCACGUGUCCGCGCUGUCCUCGCCCGGCCUGCAGUUCGGGGGUAGCCUGGCCGGUCUGGGUCAGUUGCAAUCGCCCGGGGCCGGGGUGGGACUGCCCGGAGCUCCCGCGGAGCGCCGACCCCCGCCGCCGCCACCACCGGAUUUCGCGGCGCCGGCGCUCGGGGGUCAGCCGGGUUUUCCGUUCGGCCCAGCGAGCCGGCAGGCCACCCCGCACAGCGGCCCGGGCGUGAACUCGCCUCCGAGCGCGGGCGGCAGCGGUAGUGGCAGCGGCGGGGGCUCGGGCGGGGGCGGCGGUGGUGGCUCGGGCGGGGGCGCUUACCCACCGCAGCCCGACUUCCAGCCCAGCCAGCGCGCCUCGGCCAGCAAGCUAGGCGCGCUCUCGCUGGGUUCCUUCAACAAGCCCAGCUCCAAGGACAACCUGUUCGGCCAGAGCUGCCUGGCUGCGCUGUCCACUGCCUGCCAGAACAUGAUUGCCAGCCUCGGGGCGCCCAAUCUGAACGUGACCUUCAAUAAAAAGAACCCACCCGAGGGCAAGAGGAAGUUGAGCCAGAACGACCCCGAUGGCUCGGCUGCGGCGGCCGUGGCUGGCCACCCGGGCUCGGAUUACUUCCCCGGAGGGACUGCGUCCGGGGCCCCAGGUUCCGGAGUAGGAGGUAGCGGCCCACCUGGGACCAGCAGCAGUGGCUCCAAGACCUCGGGACCGUCUAACCCUCCCGCCCAGGGGGACGGCACCAGCUUAUCCCCCAACUACACCUUGGAGGCCACGUCGGGGAACGACAGCAAGUCGGUCCCCGGGGGCGGCGGCCGGGGCCGGGGCCGCAGAAAAAGGGACAGUGGCCAUGUGAGCCCUGGGACCUUCUUCGACAAGUACGCGGCGGCGGCGGCGGCGGCGGCUGCAGCGGCUCCGGACAGCGGGGGCGCGCCUGGGGUGAGCCCGGGGCAGCCGCAACCUUCGGGAGCCGGCGGCGCCAGUGGCAGUGGUGGUGGUCCGGUGGGCUCCGCCAACGAGGCGCGCGGGGCCCCUACACCCCACGAGAAGGCUCUGACGUCGCCCACGUGGGGUAAGGGGGCCGACCUGCUGCUGGGGGACCAGCCGGACCUCAUGGCAUCCCUAGACGGCGGCGCCAAGACGGACGGGAGCUCGCCGCACGUGGGGGAGUUCGCCUCGGAUGAGGUGAGCACCAGCUACGCCAACGAGGACGAGGUGUCGUCCAGUUCUGACAACCCCCCGGCCUUGGCUAGAGCCAGCAGGAGCCCGCUGGUGACCGGCUCACCAAAACUGCCUCCCCGAGGGGUGGGCGUGGGCGCAGGUGAACACGGACCCAAGGCGCCUCCGCCUCCGCUCGGCCUGGGCAUCCUGUCUACCUCUGCCUCCACCCCUGACAGCUACGGCGGGGGCGGGGGCGCCGGCCAUCCAGGCACGCCGGGUCUGGAGCAGGUCCGGACCCCGACCAGCAGCAGCAGUGGUGGUGGCGGUGGCAGCAGCGGCAGCGCCCCUCCGCCCCCCGACGAGAUCCACCCGCUGGAAAUCCUUCAGGCCCAGAUCCAGCUACAGAGACAGCAGUUCAGCAUCUCCGAGGACCAGCCCCUGGGGCUUAAGGGCGGCAAGAAAGGCGAAUGUGCCGUCGGGGCGGCUGGCACGCAGAACGGAGAUGCCGAGCUGGGCAGCUGCUGUUCCGAAGCUGUCAAGAGCGCCAUGAGUACGAUCGACUUAGACACCCUGAUGGCCGAGCACAGCGCCGCCUGGUACAUGCCCGCAGACAAGGCCCUGGUGGACGGCGCGGACGACGACAAGACGCUGGCACCCUGGGAGAAGGCCAAGCCCCAGAAUCCCAACAGUAAAGAAGCCCACGACCUCCCUGCAAACAAGGCCUCUGCCGCACAGCCCGGCAGCCACUUGCAGUGCCUGUCCGUCCACUGCACGGACGACGUGGGCGAUGCCAAGGCCCGAGCCUCAGUGCCCAGCUGGAGGUCCCUGCACUCGGACAUCUCUAACAGAUUCGGGACGUUCGUGGCCGCCCUGACUUGAAUCCAUGAGGACGACCCUUCCCCCACCAGGCCCACUCCUGUCUCCCCUCCUUCUCUCCCCCUCACACCCCCAUGCACCUGUCCUCUCCAUCCUUGUCUCUCUCUCUCUCUCUCUCUCUCUCUCAAGGGCCACUGUCACUGAGUGGAUGAUGAUGAAUAUUUUUGUUUUCCUAGGUUGGUACCUGCUUAGUGGCAUACGGACCGGAAAGGGUUAAUUUAAAGGGGACAUUCAAAAAGAAACCCCAAAGCUUUUAGGGUUUUUUUGUUUGUUUUGUUUUGUUUUUAAAAGAAAAAAAAAAACCUGUUGAGGCCCCAGUGCUGUUACCAGUGUUAAUCAUUCUGCAGUUUAGUAACUUC